AUGGUGGUGGCAGUUCCUAAUAAACGUCGUCAGAAAAAAGACCAUGUGAGAAUCUGUAAUGAUCAAGAAAUGGUUCCUGCUAAGCAACUUCGAAUGGAACCUCCUGUAAAUGAUCAAGAACAACCAGUUGUUGAAAAAGAUACUGCUAACCAUUCUCGAUCAACAAACUUUUAG